GGGCGUGCCGAGAGUCGGGGGGAGGGGAGGGAAGGGACAGAGAGAGAGAGAGAGAGAGAGAGAGAUUAGUGCUUUGUUUUGUGUUGUGGUGGAGGCUGUCGAGGAGGAGGGGACGAGGGAGUGAGGGAGAGGAGGGAGUGGGAGCAUUAGCUCGCCUUUCUCUUUCCUUGAUGGGAUUGAGUGAAUGAUCGACGCCAGACCUCAGCAGCUCUAUCUAGCAGCAGCAGCAGCAGCAGCAGUGGGGAGCGAGCUUGGGGUGCUGAGCAAGGAGGAGGAACGAACCAUCGAGGGCAGCAGCACAAGCAGCAGUGGUAGCAUCGUUGUUGUGUGGGUUGUGUGGGAGCACGACGAGGAGGACGACGAGACGGAGGAGGUGGAGGACGAGGACGAGGGCUGGUGCAUUGGAGAGGCACGGUGGACGAGCGUUGGCUGGGCAGGGCGGAGAAGGCCAUGGCCGUCUCAGCCAAACCCGAGAAGGCCGCCGUUGUAAAACGGCCCUUCCGAACGAGCUUUACCAUGAAGCGGACCAACGACUGGGUUCUGGCAACGGAUGUCCCGAGUGAUGUCGUGGUCAUUGUCGGCGGCGUCAGUUUCGCUCUCCACAAGUUCCCGUUGGUCUCGCGAUGCGGGAGGAUCAGGAUGCUGGUGGUCGAAGCGGGCGACUCUGAUGUGUCUCAGAUGGAACUUCCUGACGUACCUGGCGGUGCUGAGGGUUUUGACAUGGCAGCGAGGUUUUGUUACGGUAUUAACUUCGAAAUCACGACGGCCAAUGUUGCUGUCCUUCGGUGUGCGGCAGAGUAUCUCGAGAUGACAGAGGAGUACGGAGAAGGAAAUCUGGUCGCCAGGACAGAAGCCUUUCUGAGUGAAGUCGUGUGCCAAAACCUCGCCGAUUCUAUAACAGUCCUUCAUAAUUGUGAAAAUUUACUUCCAUACGCCGAAGAACUCAAGAUUGUCAGUCGAACAAUCGAUGCCAUUGCGUCCAAGGCAUGUCGUGAACAGAUUGCGCAGGGCAUGGGGGAGUCCGAUUACGACAUUUCGGGCCGCAAUGACAGCAACGUGAAAUUGAGUUUCAGCAAAGGUCCUCAAAAGGUAACGCCAUCAGAUUGGUGGGCCGAGGAUUUGGCCGUCCUGCGGAUUGACUUCUACCAGAGAGUUCUGGCAGCAAUGCGUUCGCGGGGUCUGCGAUACGAGAGUAUCGGUGGAGCCUUGAUGCAUUACGCGCAUCGAUCGCUGAAAGGACUCCACAGAAAGCAAACCGGGCGCGAUAUGUACAAAGGAGGUCAGCAGAAGAAGGUCCAUGAUAGCACAUCUGCAAUCGAGCACGAACAACGAAUUCUCGUCGAGACGAUCGUCAGUCUUCUUCCGCCUGAGAAGAACACAGCCUCUUGCAGCUUCCUAUUCGGCCUUCUACGAACAGCCAUUAUUCUUGACACGACCAUUGCAUGCAGAUUGGAUCUCGAGAGAAGGAUCGGGCAGCAGCUCGAACAGGCGACUUUGGAUGACCUUUUGAUACCCUCAUUCUCUUACACCGGGGAUACACUUUUCGAUGUGGACAUCGUACAACGCAUCAUCGUGUGCUUCUUGCAACAAACGGACAACGAGGAUGUCCAUGAUCCCCACAGCAUGUACGAGUCGGACGGAAUGGGGUCUCCCACACAAAGUGCCCUCAUGAAGGUCGCGAAACUCCUCGAUAGCUAUCUAGCCGAGAUUGCACCUGAUGCUAAUUUGAAGCUGGCUAAGUUCAUUUCACUAGCUGAACUUCUCCCGGAGUACGCCCGAGUGGUUGAUGACGGGCUCUACAGAGCCAUCGACAUCUACCUGAAGGCCCACCCAUCGCUUACAGAGAUCGAUCGCAAGAAGCUCUGUAAACUCAUGGACGUCCAAAAGUUGUCGCAAGAGGCUUGCACACAUGCUGCCCAAAAUGAAAGGUUACCUGUCCAGAUAAUGGUGCAGGUACUCUACUUCGAGCAGCUUCGACUGCGAACAGCCAUGACGGGGUCCUUGGCUGAUGUCGAUCACGUCGGCCACAAUUCGCAAAGAAUUAGCGGAGCCUUCAGCUCCGCUGUGUCGCCAAGAGAUAACUACGCGUCCGUCCGACGAGAGAACCGGGAACUGAAGUUGGAAGUCGCCCGGAUGAGAAUGCGCCUGACAGAUUUAGAGAAGGACCAUGUAUGCAUGAAGCAAGAUCUAGAGAAAGGUGGAGGGCAAAAGACAUUCCUUCAGUCAGUAUCGAAGAAGCUGACCAGAUUAAAUCCCUUCUCAAAGAGUGGCAUUAAAGGAGGUGCAUUAGACUCGAAAGCACCCAACACUCCCGAUUCUCGUCAAGGUGGUAGCGGUGGCAGGAGGCGACGCCACUCGAUCUCAUAGUUCCGGAUCCGUGCAUUACAGUCCUCUGAGGCCCAAAAUUUUCCUGUCGCAAAAUUCGUGAAAGGAUCUGCUUUGGUGAGGGUCCUCUGGAUACGAAGCAGGUAUGUCUGUGUGUACAUGUGUAUCAUUAUUUCCAAUUAUUCACCUAAUAAUAGAUCAUACGUCACGUUGAAUUCGAAUGACAUCCUUCUUCUACAGUCCAUGGCUUUUUCUUAUCCAUCUACAAGCAAAGUUUGUCUGGCAGCGCAUCGUCAUCGUUGCUAGGGUUCAUUCGGUACACCCUGCCCUUGAAUUAGAGCGGUGCUGUAGGUCGUGUUUAGAGUUUACCGUGUUGAGAGGAGGGUUCUGCCAGGAACGCAAGGGCUAGUUACAAAGUUACCCAUACAAAUAAAAAAGUUAUAUAGAGUUAUGAGUAGACAGUUUUAUCCGGGGAGAGAUUAAAGGAGUGCCAGUAGGUACACGAGCACAUGAUUUGACUCUGCAGUAACAAGCCCAGGUUUGUGUAAUUUAACGAGGAAUGCUCUGCAAAUUGCUUGCCUCUUAUUCCCUCUAUCCAAUAGAAAGAUGGAGGUGCUUUGGAUCUCUGUAAUUAUGCUUCACAAUUAUGCAUAGUGCUUCUAAUUUUCUCCCCGUAUAAUAUAGAUGUGCCCUUUCGUC